AUAAGCAUAAAGGGUUGGGGUGAAGUACCAAAACAAAUUCCGGGGGGCAAUCAGUUUGCAGACCACACACAACAGCGCUACUAGUGUGACCAUUUUUGACGGCAGCAGUCGCCCUCUAUGUCCUCAGAAACCGCCGUAAUCGCAUGGGGCUCGGGAGAAGACGGACAGUUAGGAAUAGGGGAUAACGAAGAGCAUGAAUGGGUUUGCUCGAUCAAAGCUCUUCAGUCCGAGAAGGUUUGUUCAGUUGUCGCCGGCAGCCGGAACUCUCUAGCAAUCUGCGAGAACGGCAAGUUGUUCACAUGGGGCUGGAAUCAAAGGGGGACCUUGGGCCACCCACCUGAGACUAAGACUGAGAAUUUUCCCAGUCAAGUUAAAGCUCUUUCCAAUGCCAAGAUUGUUCAGGCGGCUAUUGGUGGAUGGCAUUGUCUGGCUGUAGAUGACCAAGGGCGAGCGUAUGCUUGGGGUGGGAAUGAGUAUGGUCAGUGUGGUGAAGAACCAGAGAGGAAGGAUGACUCAGGAAAGCCUGUGAGGAGGGAUAUUGUUAUUCCACAGCGAUGUGUGCCAAAGCUUUCUGUGAGCCAGGUCGCUGCUGGCGGUACUCACUCAGUGGUUCUUACGAAGGAAGGUCAUGUAUGGACAUGGGGUCAACCAUGGCCUCCUGGUGACAUAAAGCAAAUAUCAACUCCUGUUCGAGUACAAGGCCUUGCAAGUGUAAGGCUAAUUGCAGCAGGGGCUUUUCACAACCUGGCACUUCUGGAUGAUGGAGUCUUGAUGGCGUGGGGUAAUAAUGAGUAUGGACAACUUGGAACUGGGGACACCCAGCCAAGAUCACAACCCAUUUCUGUUCAAGGACUAUCUUCUGUUUCACUGGUUGACAUUGCUGCUGGAGGAUGGCAUUCUGCAGCAUUGACAGAAGAAGGGGAGGUUUAUGGUUGGGGGAGAGGGGAGCACGGAAGGCUAGGCUUUGGGGAUGAUAAGAGCAGUAAAAUGGUGCCACAAAGGGUUCAACUUUUAUCAGGGGAGAAUGUUUUGCAGAUCUCGUGUGGAGGCACUCACUCUGUGGCUUUAACGCGCGAUGGUCGCAUGUUUUCUUUUGGGCGAGGGGACCAUGGACGUUUGGGGUACGGGAGAAAGGUGACAACCGGUCAUCCUUUGCAAGUGCCCAUCAACAUUCCACCUCCAAGGGAUUUGACCGAGUCUGACGGACUCUGGUGUGCUAAACUCGUGGCAUGUGGUGGCCGUCACACACUCGCCAUCGUAGAAUGGCGGCCCACAACCGUUCAACCUGAGCAGCAGUUGCUGCUAUGAAAGUUAAUACUCUUCAUAAUUAAAAAGGCAGAUACAGUUUCCCAUCCGGUAUAACUUCAAAUGCUGUCUUACUGUACAAUUCUUCUUUUUGUUUUUAUUUUUAAUAUAGUUCACUGAUAGGUGCUCUUUGACAGCUUUAAGACUUUCUUUUUUACUCCCUCGUCCCAUAUUAUAUGUCACAUUCCGAAUAAUGUGUAAAAUCUUGU